UGCACUUGUCACUGCUGCCCCACGAGGACACAAGAGCCCGGAAGGAGGGGAUAGGAUGCAUUGAAAAUGCAACGUUAAUUUUUUCGACAGGACUGCUCCAACUCUCAUGCCCGACUGGAUGAUACGUUAUCGAACCGAAACUCGGAAUAAAAGUCCGCUCGUUUUGUUUUAAUACAACUUUUUUUACAACUUGGUCGCAGUCUUCCAAGGUUUCUUAUUUUGGAACGAUAUGAAAGACAAAGAAAAUCUGUGUAAUUAUUAUUAUUAUCAUUAUUGGUCUUUCUACAACAGUAUGAAGACACAAACAUCUGAAGAGAAGUCACAUAUAUCUGCUUGCUCGUUUUGGUAAGUUUAGAAAAUAUCUGUGGAUAUUUCAUUUGGAAAUAUGAAUUGCUGUCGUAAUGUCGCAACCAUAUAAGGUGUCGUAUCACUUCAGGUCUGGUCCUGGGACUUUAACAGAGAAUGCCAGCUCCAUUAUUGAGCUCAAAGGAUCCUUCUGUAGUUCGGGGGAACUAUUGACCAGUAUACCCACAAUGAAACCAAAAGGCAUUUCAAGCUCUCUACAGGCAGAACUGGCUUGAUGGAAAAUGUGUCAGGUUGUUUUAAGCAUCUUCUUGCUGAUCACCUGAUUGAGCACGCUGGCAUGAAUGACACGGGGCCCUACCACCCUGCUGGGGGACUGUGGCUCGGCAUGGCCAUAGCAGCCAUCGUCCUGGUCAUCGUGGCGGGAAACACGCUCGUGAUCGUGGCCAUCGUGCGCACCGCUCAGCUGCAGACCACCACCAACAUCUUUGUCACGUCGCUGGCCUUCGCCGACCUCAUCGUCGGGGGCCUGGUGGUGCCCCUGGGGGCCACUACCGUGGUAACAGGCAACUGGCAGCUUGACAAGCGCUUCUGCGAACUCUGGAUCUCGCUGGACAUUCUGUGCGUGACGGCGAGCAUCGAGACGCUGUGCGCGGUCGCUGUGGACCGCUACGUGGCCAUCACGCAGCCGCUCCGGCACCGCGCGCUCCUGAGCAAGCGGCGGGCGCGGCUGGCCGUGUGCGCGGUGUGGGCGGUGGCCGCGCUCAUCUCCUUUGUGCCCGUCAUGACGCGGUAUUACCGCGUACAGGACACGACUGACCGUGAGGCUCAGGACUGCUACAAAGAUGACACCUGCUGCGACUUCAUCACCAACAGACCCUACGCCGUCGUCUCCUCUGCGGUGUCCUUCUACAUCCCGCUCGGGGUGAUGAUCUUCGUCUACGCCCGUGUCCUCCUCAUCGCCUCGCGCCAACAGCGGGCCAUCAACAGGGAGCAGCUCCGCUUCUGGUCGCACAGGUCACACUGCGAGGCCCCCGGCCUUCACCGGCGGGCAUCGGAGGGGGCGCAGGCCUGGGUGGCAGCCAUGCGGGAGCGGCGGGCGCUCGCCACUGUGGGCAUCAUCAUGGGCUCCUUCACCCUGUUCUGGCUGCCCUUCUUCAUCGCCAACAUCGCCAAUGUCUGUGGGCGACGAGCACCUUACGAGCUUUUCACCUUCCUCAACUGGCUGGGCUACGCCAACUCGGGCCUGAACCCCAUCAUCUACUGCCACAGCCCAGAGUUUCGGGCUGCGUUCCGCGCCCUGCUGUGCCGGCCCCCACCGCGCCCACGCAUCAACCGCCUCUACCAGGGGUGCCAGGCGCACUGGCCCUGCCCCACGAGCGAGGCGGAGAGAGGCGGGGCACUGACGAACGGGACCCCGGGGUGGUUUUGGGGGAAGGAUCCCCCUGCUGAACCCCCCGAAUCCAACGGCAGCAUGCGGCUGGAAGGCUCUUCUGAGCUCCAGAAUGAGGCGAGACAGCCAUCAACAUGAGCACAAGAUGGCCGGUGACUGUGAGAGACUUCACUGUGCUCGGCCCAGCUGGGGAAACUGAUCAAAGCAGCAAGAAACAGCAUCUGUGACUGGUUGUCAAUAUGCUGAAUGUGAGGGGCCAGCUAAUCAUGGGGAGGAUAAAUGGAGCUCUCUUCUGACAUGGAGGAAGGAGAAUACUCGGUACAACCAAGCUCAGUAUCAUGAAAUAACCUGGACCUUAAAUCAGAAUUCUGCUGUAAGAAAAACUUUUCAACAAAACAAAAAAGUUCACUUGCUGUUCUUAUAUCCUUGUUCUUGUAUUUUUUUUUGCAUUCUCUGUGAGAGCUGUGAUAUUGUGGCAUUACCUUAUUUGACAAUAUUUCUAAGGCUUUUGUGUAAAAUAGUAGAAAUAAAAUAAAGAUUUUAUGCUUUUCCUUUUAAUUGAACGGUUACAUUUUUAAAGUUUGUAGUGCAUAACUGUUAAACACCCUCCUCCACUAAAAAAUUAAAAAAAAAACAUUUUUUAAGCUUUUAAGCAGUAUGAACAAUACAUAUCUGAAGAUUGAACAGUAAAACUUUUAUACAUUGUGAGGCAAUUAUUUUCAUACAGUUUUUAGAGUUCUUACACACCUCUUUUUCACAGUACGACAGCAUAAACAGGAUAUAUAGGAACACCCCUAUGUUUCCUUCAGAAGUGUAUUAUCUUAAUUCACGCUACAUUGGUGGGCCCCCCAAGUCCAAGAUACCUAACGCUAACUAGUAUUUCACCCCACUGAAUGUACAUCAACAUGAUAAAUGCUUUGAGUUGUAAUAACAUCUACUGCAGAAGACUGUGUUGACCAGACUUCACUUCUGCAAAUAAACCUAUGGUUCUCCUAGA